UCGGGUGGUGGUGGAGCUGCUCUGCUGGCGAGCGCGUUGAUGCUCCGUGGUUUGCAGUAGCGAGGAUGUUGGGUCCACCUAGUGCGGCAGUGUGUGGGCUGUCUGUUUCUACGACCGUCGGCGGACUAGGCUAUGUCUUCAUGGUGGAAGAAAUACAGAGCAAGUUCCCUUGUGUCUCUUCUUAUAAAGGCACUAAUCUUAUAAUGAAGACCCCAACCUGAUAACCUCAUCUAAUGUUUUCAGAUCCAGAACCCAGAGACUGAAUGGGUGGCCAGAUUCCCAAGAGAUAGGACCCUAAGAUGCCAUAACAUGUGCAUGCAAGGAUGGUAGCUUCAGUCCUUACCCAAAGGGACCUAUGGCCAUUUACUCAGCUAUGUCUUCAUGGUGGAAGAAAUACAGAGCAAGUUCCCUUGUGUCUCUUCUUAUAAAGGCACUAAUCUUAUAAUGAAGACCCCAACCUGAUAACCUCAUCUAAUGAUUUGAAGACCUGACUUCUGAUCAGCAAUUGGAUUAUGCCCAAGCCUUUCCUACCCAAUGAUCCUCUUGCAACACACCGGGCUUCCUCCGCCUAAGCGGCCCUCAUCCUCUCCUCCUAUGUCAGUGGCCGCCAGGUCUACAGGAAACUUGCAGCUUCCAGAUCAGAAACCUUUUGGGCAGGAGACUCCCUUGGCAGGGGAAGAAGAAUUAUCUAAGGGAGGGGAGCAAGACUCUGCCCUGGAGGAGCUAUGUAAGCCCCUGUACUGCAAACUCUGCAAUGUCACCUUGAACUCAGCACAGCAAGCCCAGGCUCAUUAUCAGGGUAAAAAUCAUGGUAAGAAACUCCGAAAUUACUAUGCAGCUAACAGCUGUCCUCCUCCUGCCAGAAUGAGCAAUGUUGUGGAAACUGUGGCCACUCCAGCUGUUUCAGUCCCUCCACAGAUGGGGUCCUUUAAGCCAGGAGGCAGAGUGAUCCUGGCCACAGAGAAUGAUUACUGUAAGCUCUGUGAUGCCUCCUUUAGUUCUCCGGCUGUGGCUCAGGCACACUAUCAAGGGAAGAAUCACGCCAAGAGACUGCGGCUGGCAGAAGCUCAGAGUAACUCGUUCUCGGAAUCCUCAGAGAUUGGCCAACGGCGGACCCGGAAAGAAGGGAAUGAGUAUAAGAUGAUGCCUAAUAGGAGAAAUAUGUACACAGCUCAGAAUAACUCAGCAGGUCCUUACUUCAGUCCCCGCUCUCGGCAGAGGAUCCCACGUGAUCUGGCCAUGUGUGUCACUCCAAGCGGCCAGUUUUACUGCUCAAUGUGUAAUGUUGGAGCUGGUGAAGAGAUGGAAUUCCGGCAGCAUUUAGAGAGCAAGCAACAUAAAAGCAAGGUGUCUGAACAGCGGUACAGGAAUGAGAUGGAGAAUCUGGGUUAUGUAUAGUGAUUUUCGUAUUCAGAUAGAGCAGCUUGUCCUGCCUGUUGUUUGCCUUCUGUCAAUAUGUCCUGCUUUGUGGUCCUUUGAUAUGAGUACAUUCCUCUGCUUAAUAUAAUACAUGUAACCUGCAAUGGUACCAUGAGAUGUCAAAACUGGGGAAGGGACAGAACGUGCUUCUUAGGUCAUCAUGCUUUUUCAGGUCAGUUGUGCCAAGCUGCUUAGAGCAUGUGACCUACCUACCCCGUGAGAAAUAACUUACUAUCUUAAAACAAAUUCUGGUCAACUAGUAGCCUGACUGCUUAGAGCUUUAACUACUUAAAAAUUUCAUCUUCUUUUCCAAUUUUAUUUGUAUGCACUGUUAAAAAAAGACUUUGAUUGAGUUCUUACAUCAGAUCACAGUAAAAACAGGUAAGUCAUGAUUGCAGUUUCCCGAGGCUUCUUUGGAAUGACCAGCUUAACCGAUACUUUGUCAGUAAGAUGCAUGAUUAUAAUUGGCACUAGGGUCUUUGCCAGGACAUAUUUUCUCCUUAUCUUGUCCUGCCUUUAUUGAAAGGCAGGUUUUAAUGGAUGCUGACAUUUCCAAUGUGCUUAUGUACUUUGAAACAGCAAAAUUUCAUUUCUAGUUAUGAUUUCACACAUUUAAAUGUCACCUUUUCCCUCCUCUUUUUCUUUCCCAGUUGAAUUUUCUUCUCUGGGAAACUCAUUUUCUUGUGCCAGUUGUGUUACGGGUUUUUCAAGCCCCAUAUUUGAAUAUCCAGUGAGUUUAUGAUAAAUAUGACUAAAAAUAUUUUCUUCUGGAUUUAGGAAAUGUAUAUUUAGGAAAUGUAAAGUUAUGUUUGAUUUUUCAACGUAGAGUUAUAUUGUGAUAAUAACAUGCAUUUACAUCUUGCUCUCAACCAUAACCUUAGAUUUCUCUAGAUUUUUUGGGCAGAAUUUUUAGAUAAACUCAUUCGUUUUUGUCAUAUUUAUCUCUGUCACACUAGUUCACUGACUGACUGUCCUGAAAAAUACCACCUCUUUAUUGUUUCACAGAUAGGAAAUUUUAAAAAGUUGACCAAAUUUUAAUAUUUGUACUAGUUGUACAC